ACUCGAUCCCCGCGCUCGCCCCGAGCCGCCCGCACGACGCGCGAGCCCCGCCCGCCAGCCGCGACCACGUCCUCGCGCGCGCCGUCGACGUCGACGUCGUCUGCUACACCGCCGACGCGAGUGUGUGUGAGCGUGUGUGUGUGUGACAUGAGUGCGGCGCCCUGAUACACCCGAGGUCGCCGCCGCCGUCGACAUGGAGGUGCAGACGACGCCCAUGCCGCUGGACUUCAGCCUGGCCAUGCGCGGCGUCCGCCCCUCGCCGCCGUCGCCGGCCGUCUCGCCGUCCUCGCCCGACGGCCACGGCGCCGCCCGGUCGCCGAGGGGCGGCGCGCCCGCCAGCAAUACGCCGGGCGCGUCCAGCGCCUUCCGCGUCGUCACCCCGAAGGGCAAGCACGAAGGUGGCGCCGACGUGGACAUGGUCGACCCCGAGCAGCCGCCGGUGUCGGCGCCAGGCAUCCUGGCCAGCCUGCCGCCGGGGCACCCGGCCCUGGGGCUGGGCGGGCUGGGCUUCACCGCCUACCGCCUGUGGGGCCACAACGGUGGCCCCUUCCUAAGGUAUCCGGCCGCCCUGCACUGCGAGCUGCCCCCGCACAGCCCCACCAAAGACAAGGGUAAGUUCCGACAAAAUUCCUUAAUUUACAAAAAAGAAACUAUUUAG